UACAAAUCCCGUUUCACUUAGAAAGAUUGCAACUUUUUUGUACUAAUGUUUUCUCGAACCUCCGUGAAGAAAUCUUUUAAUUCCAUCACUCAAAUAUACACCAAUCAAGAAAAGCUUUGCACUCGUCAAUUCUUCAACCAAUCAAAAGGGUCUGUCUCAGCAUCUUCUUCAUUGAGGCCAUCUUUUGAUGGGUCAAGCUACGGUCAUGAUCAGGAGAACGGGGAUGCAUUUUUCAAGUUGUUAUUGAGAUCUGUCUCUUCAGGUGUUUUGAUUAUUGGUUCUGGCUUGGGGCUUGGCUAUUGGUACCAUUCUUUGGCUGAUAAGAACUCUUUAGUUUCUUUUGCUGAAGCUGCAAAUGGAACAGUAUGGCGGUCCAAUGAGGAUCUCCUUUUGCCUAAGAAGAAGCAUAGAUUCCUAUUUGGAGAUGCAUUCAGGAGAAGAGUCUUCUUUAAAUAUGAAAAGCGAAUAAGGACACAAAGUCCUCCUGAAAAGGUUUUUGAGUAUUUUGCAUCUCUCCGAACACCUUCUGGAGAUAUACUUAUGACACCAGCAGACUUAAUGCGAGCAAUCGUUCCUGUAUUUCCUUCAUCUGAAUCAGACCGGGUUAGGGAAGGCUUUCUGAGAGGAGAGCGAGUCCCUAGCGAGUUGCAUUGUGAGCCUUCACAAUUUUUCAUGCUUUUUGAUACUAACAAUGAUGGACUCAUAUCUUUUCCAGAGUACAUCUUUUUUGUUACACUUCUCAGCAUUCCUGAAACAAGCUUUUCUGUUGCAUUCAAAAUGUUUGAUCAAAACAAUAAUGGAGCGAUUGACAGAGAGGAAUUUAAAAAAGUAAUGAGUUUAAUGCGAGCUCAAAACAGGCAAGGAGCAUGCCAUAGGGAUGGACGGAGACUUGGGUUCAGAGGUAUGGAGCCUGUGGAGAAUGCUGGCUUGUUGGAGUACUUCUUUGGCAAAGAUGGAAACAAGUGUCUGCAACAUGGAAGAUUUGUCCAAUUUCUAAGGGACUUACAUGAUGAAAUUUUGAGGUUGGAAUUUGCGCAUUAUGACUUCAAAUCACGAGGAACUAUAUCAGCAAAAGAUUUUGCCUUGUCUAUGGUUGCAGCAGCAGACAUAACUCAUAUAAACAAGUUGCUUGAUAGGGUUGAGGAACUGAACAAUGAGCCUAAUCUCCGCGACAUAAGAAUUACAAUGGAGGAAUUUAGAGAUUUCGCAGAGCUCCGAAAGCAGUUGCGGUCUCUAUCUUUGGCAAUAUUCAGUUAUGGAAAAGUGAAUGGAAUGCUAACAAAAAUUGAUUUUCAAAGAGCUGCCUCUCAAGUAUGUGGAAUCUCCAUUACAGAUAAUCUGGUUGACAUAAUAUUCCAUGUGUUCGAUGCUGAUCGCGAUGGAAAUUUAAGCUCAGAUGAAUUUAUUCGUGUCUUGGAAAGACGCCAGAAGGACAUAUCAUUACCUAGAGACGCAGGUUUCAAGAAUUUGAUUUCUUGCUGUGCAACUUGUGCCAAAGCCAACUCUUUAAUUUACUAAGCAUCAAGAUGCUCCACGAAUGGAAGGAGUUUUUAGCUGCUAAAAAGAGUA